AUGCAAGGACAAUUGAAGCUGACGGAAAUUUCGCGAAUGAUGCAAGUUCAGACCUACAAAACUCCUCCUAUGUCUAUAGCUUUGCCUAUUGAGCAUGAAGACGAAUAUGAAAAGAACAGACUGACGCGAGAUGAGCCUAAAUGGAGCGGAUGGAAGGGCAAAGAAAGAUCGAAUUACCUCACUAUGGGCACGGGUGGGAGGGCAAAGAUCGAAGACACUGGGCACGCAUGGGAGGGCAAAGAACGAUCCAAUUACCUUACUCUGGGUAUGGGUGGGAGGGCAAAGAUCGAAGACACUGGGCACGUAUGGGAGGGCAAAGAACGAUCCAAUUACCUUACUCUGGGUAUGGGUGGGAGGGCAAAGAUCGAAGACACUGGGCACGCAUGGGAGGGCAAAGAACGAUCCAAUUACCUUACUCUGGGUAUGGGUGGGAGGGCAAAGAUCGAAGACACUGGGCACGCAUGGGAGGGCAAAGAACGAUCCAAUUACCUUACUCUGGGUAUGGGUGGGAGGGCAAAGAUCGAAGACACUGGGCACGCAUGGGAGGGCAAAGAACGAUCCAAUUACCUUACUCUGGGUAUGGGUGGGAGGGCAAAGAUCGAAGACACUGGGCACGCAUGGGAGGGCAAAGAACGAUCUAAUUACCUUACUCUGGGUAUGGGUGGGAGGGCAAAGAUCGAAGACACUGGGCACGCAUGGGAGGGCAAAGAACGAUCCGGUUAUACCUUUACUCCAGGAGUCAAUAUUUACUCUGGGACGGGUGGGAGGGCAAAGAACGGUCAAUAUUUACUCUGGGACGGGUGGGAGGGCAAAGAACGGAGUGGGUGGGAGGGCAGAACGGUCGAUACUCCAGGCGUGGGUGGGAGGGCAAAGAACGAUCCAAUUACCUUACUCCAGGAGUGGGUGGGAGGGCAAAUAACGGUUCAUACCUACUCCUGGCACGGGUGGGAGGGCAUAGAACGAUCGAAGGCUCUCCAUCUGGACGAGUCUUCGGGUCCCAUAAGUGAUGACAGCUAUUCAUUUGCUCUACUCAAAGGAACCGAGUCGUGA